AGUUAAAAUUGUAGGAUGACAGGGUGGGGAGCAAAGAGUCGCGGCACGAAAUUAUCGGCUGUUACGGGAGAGAGCUGCGACGAGAGGAGACGAGACGAGACGAGACGAGUCGGCGUUUCGUGCGUUCGAAAGAAGAGCGGCCGAGAGGAGCAAAACGGGCAAAAGCGAUUAGGGGGCGGCAAGAGAAGCGUGGUGGUAGCCGCGUCGAUCGACAGUAGCGUGAAGUCAGUCGAGAGAAUGACUCGUCGCGCGCGUUUCAACGUCUCGUGGUUGGCCGUGGUGCUGGCCCUGAUCGUGCCCUUCGCCGCGGCCCUUUCAAAGCAUGAUCUUUAUCCGUACUCGACACCGGGAUCCACGAUCCUGCAGACGGAUGCGAACGGAUUGCUCCUGUCCGGGGAAGCGAUCCUGAAAACUCCGAUCGCGUUCUACGACAAGAUCUACAACUCCAUAUUCGUGAACGGAAAUGGCGUACUGUCUUUCGCCAGGGCAAUGCAGAGGUUUUUUAACAUCCCUUUCCCGCUCGACGAUCCGGUGAUCGCGCCUCUCUACACCCACGUAGACACCAGAACAUCCGGAAGGGUGUACUACGGCGAAACGGAUGCGCCGGAAGUGCUCGCCAGGGCAGGUGCGAUGAUCCGUACCGCCUUCACGGACGCCGUUGAUUUUGUGCCGACUCACGUGUUCCUCGCCACUUGGGUGGAUGUGGGAUACUAUAAUGGAAAAAGCGACAAGGUGAACACGUAUCAGGUAGCCAUCUCUUCAAAUGGCACGCAUUCCUAUGCCGAGCUGUUGUAUCCGGAAAACGGUAUACAAUGGAUUCAAGGUGAAUCGCACCCUAGCGGUCUACCUGACGCAAAGGCUCAAGCAGGAUUAAUGAGCGAAGGAAGAAUGUACACGCUGAAGGGUUCCGGGACGGAUCAGAUUCAGAAUGUCGACAAGUGGUCGAACGUGAACAGACCGGGACAGUGGUUGUUCUACAUCGGGCCAACCAGCGACGAUGAGGAUGUCAGGAUUCCCGACAAUAUCGAAGACACCAGUACAACGAAUCAGGUAGCCGAUUGCAGAACAGGAGCGACGAGUUGUCACAGCAAAGCGACAUGCGUGGACUACGAAGCUGGAGGUUUCUGUUGCCACUGCAAGCAAGGAUAUUUCGGCAACGGCAAAUCUUGUCAACCGAACGAUGUUCCACUUCGAGUGAACGGACGCGUUUCGGGGACCAUCAACGACGUGGAAUUUCCGGCAAGGGAUCUUCAGUGCUACGUUCAAACGAAAGAUGGAAGAACGUACACGGCUCUGUCGAGGGUACCCGAGGAAAUUGGGGCGAGUUUCCAGCUACUUGGUAACCUUGGUGGAGUGAUUGCUUGGUUGUUCGCGAAGCCAAUUAGCGAGACGAAAAAUGGAUACGAGCUGACAGGGGGCUUGUUCAACCACACGGCGGAGUUGACGUUCAGCUCGACUGGCGACAAAGUGACGAUACGAAGCAAUUACCUUGGCCUGGACGUCUUUGGACAGCUGAAGAUGGAGGCGGAGAUCAAAGGUACUUUACCUCGGCUGACGAAGGACACCAAGGUCGAUUAUGGGGACUACGACGAACUUUAUACGAGAGCCCAGCCCGGUGUAAUCCGUGCACAGAGCGAGAGAAGUUGCAAACUGAACGACGCGGGCGAAGAAAGGGAUCUAAGUUUCACGCAAGACCAGACGAUGCUCUACAACGAGUGUCCUUACAUCACCGUUGAUCCUGAAGACGACACAAUCCGAUUGAAGUUCUUCAGAGGUGUCACUACUUACGAAGCUACCGAAGGAAUUGUGCGUUUUGCGGUCAACUCGAAGGUAGCACCCUUGGAAGAAGAAGAUCCUUGCAUUCAAGGGAGGGAGACUUGCAGCGAGCACAGCUCUUGCGUUGUCGAUGGAGAUAGUUUCAAGUGUGUCUGUAAUCCUGGAUAUCAGUAUCUAUACGAAGAAAACGGAAGUGCAGUCUGCGUGGACGUGAACGAGUGCUCCGCUGGCAACCACAUGUGCUCUCCGGAUGCACAGUGCAUCAAUCAGGAAGGAAGUCACACGUGUCAGUGCCGACCUGGUUUCUCUGGUGAUGGUCGAAUUUGCGAGAGGCUACCCUCCUGCGAGGACAUGCGUUGUGGAAAUUACGAGCAAUGCGUGAUGAACGAAGGGGAGCUCAGCUGCGUUUGCCAAGAAGGCUUCGAAGACACCGAGGAAGGAUGCCUCCCUGUGCAACGGGGUUCCUGCGACGUCGAGGAUAACUGCUCGCCCAAUGCUUUCUGCAAUUUCGACGCUGAUAAGCAGAAGCACGUCUGUGUCUGUUUACCGGAAUUUGUUGGGGAUGGUUACACGUGCAAUCCGGACGGGGAAUUAACCACAACGGACGAACCACCGAAACCGCAAUGUGUGGGGGAGAUGUGUUGGUGCCCGAGGGGCUGGGAUUACAGAAAUGAGGAAUGCAUGCGAAAGGAAGAAGAGACCAGGACCGCUGACUACGACCGGGACUUAUCAGCUCGGCCAAUCCCGGAAUGCUACGAAGACUACUGCAUAUGCCCCUGGGGAUUCGAUUACAACCAUUCCGAAGAGAUUUGCACGCCUCGACCAGGAUACAACCACGAAACGAUGGGUCCAUCAGGAGAUCACUUAUCGUGCAACGUGGUGAACAGGUGUCAUCCCUACGCCCAAUGUGUCUACGUAAUGAGCACCACCGACUACGAGUGCCGUUGCAACCCAGGUUACGAGGGUGAUGGUAUGGAGUGUAUCAGAGCAGAGGUGUCCUGUUUGGACGUGGACAUCUGCGACCCGAACGCCUCCUGCCAAAUCGAGGGAUCCUCGGGCAAGUGCGUGUGCAACCCUGGAUUCGAAGGAGACGGAACCACUUGCAGCCCCAUCGACGAAUGCAGCGGGAACACGGAUUGCUCGGAGAACGAACGAUGCUUGUACAAUGCGGCCAGUUCGCGGUACGAGUGCACCUGCAAUUCCGGCUUCAGCAUGGUCGACGGACGUUGCGUGGUGUCCGAUUGCUCGACGAAUCCGUCACAGUGCCACGUGAACGCGCAUUGCGUAUCGGCCGGUGACGGAGGCUACAAGUGUGUUUGCAACGAGGGAUACAACGGCGAUGGUAUCCAGCAGUGCUUGGAGGACCACAUCGGUUGCAACGUGUUGAAUAAUUGCGGCAGAAACGCGGUCUGCGGAUACAAUCAGACGUCCGCGAAUUUCGCGUGCAUCUGUCAGCCGGGCUAUUACGGUGACGGAUUCACGUGUUUGCCUCAGUUGUCCUGUAGACACGACUCGGCCCUUUGCUCGCCGGAUGCGACCUGCGUGGCAGCUGGCAGCAAUCAAUUCGCUUGCGUAUGCAACGAAGGUUACACCGGAGAUGGGAGCAACUGUAAACCUCGACCGAAACACGAAGCAAACUUCCUGUUGGUGAACCAAGGAAUGGCCACUCUGAGGAUACCAUUCGGUGCGAUGCAGGAGAAUCCUGGAAGUCCGAUCUACAUAGCGUACACGCAAAUGGCGAUCGCGAUCGACAUCGAUUGUAUCAACGGAAAGGCUUAUUCGAGCGACAUCACAGGCAAUCGAAUAAUCGAGCUAACUUACAAUGGAUCUAUGGCGGACACGUUUCUACCGAAAGUCAGCAGCCCCGAGGGACUGGCGGUCGAUUGGGUCUCGAGAAAUAUUUUCUGGACCGAUUCCGGCAAGACGACUGUCGAGGUAGCCAAUCUCGAAACGAAGAAACGUAAGGUCCUCGUUUCCGAUGGACUGGUCAACCCUAGAGGAAUAGCCGUACACCCGUACCGUGGCAAGAUAUUCUGGUCCGACUGGAACCGCGCGUCACCGAAAUUAGAAUGGGCCAACGAGGACGGUACCGGUCGUGCAAUCUUCCUUCAAGGAGAUUACGUGAAAUUACCGAAUUCAUUGAGUAUCGAUUGGGCGACGGAUGAGCUGUGCUGGGCAGACGCCGGAACGUUUACGAUAAGCUGCAUGGAGAUCGACAGCAGGGAUAUUAACGUGGUCGCCAACGAGCUGACAUAUCCGUUCGGUCUCGCGAUCUCUCACCAGAAUUACUAUUGGACCGACUGGAAGACGCACAAGAUCGAAGUCGCCAUGAAGAGCAGCGGGGACAGGAAGCCGGCCAUAUCGGUUCCACCGGGAGGAAGCGGUAAAUUAUAUGGAAUAGUCGUCGUUCCUGAGUCAUGCCCGCGAGUGACCAACGUGUGUCAAUACGAGAACGGAAGGUGUAACAAGGAUCAACUGUGUCUACCGGAUGGCCAAGGUGGCAGGACAUGCGUGUGCGCGGACGAUGCGACAGGACCUUGCACCGACACUCAUUAGUCGUAGUUCGGUCGUCGUCAGGAUUAAGGGGGAAAUGACGAGACGAGUUUCGUGCUCGUGUCGAUCGCGUGUAAAUUAUAAUACUACUCUUUGUAUAAUUAGUUUAUCGUCUACCGUUUUACGAGUAACACACCUUUUGUAUCUAAUACAAGGGCCGUGGCGUGAGAAGCUGGCUGUAUUGUACCGCGGUCCCUUGACGCGUUAUUUAAUAAAAACUUAAGAAACAAUAU